AAGACCAGUAUCGCUUUCACAGUAGAAUCGUCGUUCCCGUGGUACACGUGGCCGCCACGCGACUGACGACUGAAGAUAAACGCACGCGCGCGCGCGCGUAAUAACUCACAUCGAAACUCGACCUCUUCGUCGAUCGGCAGUUCGUAACCGUUUGGCAAUCGAUUUGUAACGUCCUUUGUCCUCGAGGGCAGUCUCGCAUUGUCUGUCGCACAGUUUCGUCUCGUCUUCUAACAUCGGCGCAGUACUUCUUCGGUAUUCGCGAAAAUGAGCGACAAGUGUAAAGUCCCGAGUGCCGACACUGUGAAAAAGAUGAAAGAGAACGUUGAAUCGAGUGAAGGCGAGAAGAGGGAACAAGUCACGAGCAAGAAGCCGUCGGAGAAGGUCGCGAAAAUGAUCGAUAAGUCGGUAAAACCCUCAGUCUCGAGUCUAGCAGCCAAGAGUGUGCCAAAAAUGAAAGAGGCCGUCGAAUCGAAAGAACGCGCGAAGACGGAACAAGCCGCGAGCAAGAAACCGUCGGAGAACAUCAAGAGGGGUCGAGAAAUGUACGAGGAGAAAAUUUCGCCAUGUGUCGCCAAAAUGUGUAAAAUCUCGAGCUCGAAAAUUGAGGCCGCGGAAUUCCCAAUUGUCCGGAUACCCAAUUUUCCGUCCAAAAUCUUCGCUUCCAAGAAACCUGAGAAUCCUGAAGCUGCGGAAAAAUGCCAGGCGUCCAAGACUACGCCCGAAGCUUCCCCCUCCGCCGAACUUGAGCUUCCGAAAGUUCCAACAGCAUGCAAAAUACCCGAAUACAAGUCCGCAACGCCUAUCUCCAUCGAAGUUAAGACUCCUAAAGUUCCAGAAGCAGGUGAAACGACCAAAACUACGCAUGAAGCACACACCUCCGUCACACCUGAAGCUUGCCAAGUACCAAAAGCUCCAGAAAUAUGCCAUAUAUCCACGGCUAUGUCCAAAAUUUCCCUCUCCGAUAAAUCCGAGAAUUAUCCGAAGGAUCUAAAAGAAUGUCAAGUAAUGGAAAAUCUAUGUUCUCAAAUAGCCGCCUCCGUCCAAUCCGAGAAUCCUGAAGUACCAUUUCCUCAUCUAGUCUGCGACUUCGACAAGAUUGGGGGUGAUCUGCCCAUACCCGAUAUUCCUGAGUUACUAGAAUUCGAGAGGUCUCUCUCCAAUCUCGAAGCUCGUAAAGUACCAAAAGUCCACCAAGUGGCCAAGACUACGUCCGAGAUGUCCGCCUCCGCCAAACCCGAAACUCCUGAAGUACCAGAAAUUCCUCCACUCUGCAAUUUGGCCAAGAUUACGCCUGAGAUGUCCAUCGUAUCCGAAAUUCCUGAGUUACCAGAAGCCUGCCAAGUGGCCAAGACUACGACCGAGAUGUCCGCCUCCGCCAAACCCGAAACUCCUGAAGUGCCAGAAAUUCCUCCACUCUGCAAUUUGGCCAAGAUUACGCCUGAGAUGUCCAUCGUAUCCGAAAUUCCCGAAUUACUAGAAGUCUGCCAAGUGGCCAAGACUACGCCCGAGAUGCCUGCCUCCGCCAAACCCGAAGCUCCUAAAGUACCAGAAGUCUACCAAGUGGCCAAGACUACGUCCGAGAUGUCCGCCUCCGCCAAACCCGAAAUUCCUGAAGAACCAGAAUUUUUUUUACUCUGCAAAUGCCAAGAUGCAUUGGCCAAGAUUAUGCCUGAGAUGUCCACCGUAUCCGAUAUUCCCUCGGAUAUUCCUGAAUUACUAAAAGUGGUCGAGACUACGCCCAAGAUGUCCGCCUCCGCCAUACCCGAAAUUUCUCAAUUACCAGUAAUGUGUCCAAUGACCACUACGUCCGAGAAGUUCUCUUCCGCCAAACCUGAAGCUCGUAAAGUACUGAAAGUCUGCUACACGCCCAAACCGGAUAUAUCCGACAUGCUCCCUGAAGAACUCGAGUUUAUUAGGAGAUGCAAAGAGAUCGACGAUCGCGACCUUAAAGGCUGGAAAGGACCUAACCGGAUUGCGGACAAUAUAAAGGAAGCCGAUAACGAAAUCUGCACAAAGGCAGAAAAAUUCGAGAAAGUACGUCAAACGCGCAGUAUGCACAGGCUUGUAGGCGCAACCGAGGAGUUUAGAGUUCCAAAUGCUCCACGCCGUACGCACAGUGCCACAUCCGGAAUGUCCGUGCUCAAAUCUCCCGUUAGUUCCGGUAAUCUUGAGGACUUGCAUCGAGCGCACGUCAUUGAGUCUGAAGCAGACGAAAGUACUGAUGAGACAAGUAGUAGCUCCGAGGAAGAUUUGUGUAAAUAUGCAUCAUCUGACGAAGAACAUCCUGCCGAGACAUUACAAAAAUUACGUUUUAAUUUGGAGGAAAUUAAAACACUUGACGAUGCACUGGCGAAGUUAAAUAGCCUAGUUGACAUUUACAAAGAAAUCUCGGUUAUGAUCGGCGGAUGUAAAAUGUGGCGGCCCAUAUCGUCGCCGUCUUACAAUACGCGCCCUUACGUCCUGAUGACGCAUCAUGUCGUGCCGUCACUGCCGAAAGGGCUCUUCGAAGUGCUGGCGGAAAUGAUCGAAUGCGUCACGAAAAUCCCAGUUCUCUUAACACAUGAGGAGAGAUGUCACCGGACCAUUAUCCCCGGAGAAAUCGUUGAUAUAGUCGUCACGUCAGGAGGUGGCGCUUGGCCGCAUGGUAAGCUCUUACCCGCGAGCUUCAUUUUCGAUCACGAGCUAAAUAUGGACAAGUCGCCCGUGGUGUACUGCGAUCUGAUUGUCUCAAAAGAGUGUGACAUUAAAGAUAUCACGAAAUUGCAAGAUUAUAAGUGCGCCCUUACGCUUGAUCGGAACCAACCCACCGCUGCUGGACAACUCACUGCUUAUAUGCACUCGAAAGGCGUAAACGUACUAAAUUUUAACAAUAUGUUGGGUGCUGUGACGCAGCUUGAUGUAGUGAAAAUGGUUGCCCGCAAUAAGGCGGAAGUGGGAGCUGUGGAAUCACCAGUUCUCAAAUGUCACAAAUAUAAGAUACCUGGCGCAGAAGAUAUUUCUGUUCUCACCACUGUGGGAACUACAGCGCCAUACCGGAUUAUGAUCAACAAGUGUCAUGCGAGAGGCCUGAUGAAACCUCUCACCAAAUUUUUGCUGCGAGCAAGCAAGCGCAAGGAAUGGCGGACAAGACUGGCGCCGUAUAACUGUAUAGGUUUCGCUGAGAAUUCGGAGAAAAUGUACAACUGGAGUAAGGAUUGGGACGAAAUGUACAUGCCUGACCUAGAAGACGCCAGUGCGCCUUGCGAAUACCGCCAACCAUCUCCAGGCGUACUGAAGACCAUAGGGAUGAACUUUUGUAACACCUUUCCGUUGUCUCGUAACGGAACUUAUCCUGCUGCUCAACAGUGCCGUCUUCAGAAUAUUUGCAAUAUCACGAAAUUGCAAGAUUAUAAGUGCGCCCUUACGCUUGAUCGGGACCAACCCACCGCUGCUGGACAACUCACUGCUUAUAUGCACUCGAAAGGCGUAAACGUACUAAAUUUUAACAAUAUGUUGGGUGCUGUGACGCAGCUUGAUGUAGUGAAAAUGGUUGCCCGCAAUAAGGCGGAAGUGGGAGCUGUGGAAUCACCAGUUCUCAAAUGUCACAAAUAUAAGGUACCUGGCGCAGAAGAUAUUUCUGUUCUCACCACUGUGGGAACUACAGCGCCCUACCGGAUUAUGAUCAACAAGUGUCAUGCGAGAGGCCUGAUGAAACCUCUCACCAAAUUUUUGCUGCGAGCAAGCAAGCGCAAGGAAUGGCGGACAAGACUGGCGCCGUAUAACUGUAUAGGUUUCGCUGAGAAUUCGGAGAAAAUGUACAACUGGAGUAAGGAUUGGGACGAAAUGUACAUGCCUGACCUAGAAGACGCCAGUGCGCCUUGCGAAUAAACAAGUUAAAUUAUUUUACUUAUUUUAUUCUUUACUUCUUUUAUGAUUUUAUAUAAUAUAUGCCCAUUGGUCUUUCUUGCUUCAAUGUAACAUGAUUUUUUAUUAAAUCUAAAUAAAUACAAUUCGCAAAUUUA